UGCUUUAGAAACCGGGUACGCUGUGUUAGCUGUACUGUGAGGAUAAGCUAGCAGCAAAUUCUGCUCCCGGACAUUAAAACACACAGCGAUACAGCGCCCGUUUAAACUCGCAGCUGAACAUGCUGGUAUGAAUCGAUAUAAGAUUUUGGCACCUGAAAUAUACAGGUUAUAUUAGCAAACGCGCCUCAGUUAGUUAAACUAACAUACAGCUCGAAUGGGGUCUUCAGGAGAAGAGGAGGAGGAUAUAAUCUCAGUCCUCAAAACUCUCAGCGCUGAAAAAUCUGAACACAGUUUUAAACACGUCUUAUCAAAGACUAAAGAGCUUCUCAGCAGAAAAUCUGUGGGAGAUCUGCGGGAUCUGGAAAGAUGUAAACAAGACCUUUAUCAGCAUGGCGUACUGGCCUACUGCUCUGCUGCCCUAAGGUUCAACCCUGUAAAAACCGAAGGGAGUUAUGCCUCUAUUACACAGAUGGUAGAUGUUAUCAGCACAUGCUGUGUAGGUAUCGGUUCUGUGAGAAACAGAGAAGUCUUUCUUCACCAGUUUCUUCCUUCAGUGACAGAAAACCUGCUGUUCUUUGCUCACCGUCUUAUGAACAGAGUGGAAAAGGGACAAACUGAGAUGUUCCGUCUCUUUAGGAAAGUCUUUGAUUCGCUCAGCUGGAUUCUGAGGGCUUACACUCAUUUAAUUUCCUGUGUGCUCAAAUCCAAACAUUAUGAGAGCGUGCAGAUGAGUGAGGAUGAUGAAGUGUCUGCAGUUGUACUAAUGAUGUGGUACAAUCUGUUCAGGGUAAACAGUGAGAUUAUAUCUGAGAUGGGUAGAAAAGCACUGGGCAGCGUUGUGGAUGACGUUGUGUAUAAAAGUUCCAACAGCACCAAUCCUGUGAUCGGCAGCUCCGCCACCAAAAUUCUGCUGCUAAUUAUAGAUCAGCACAGCCAGUCUCUACAGAUCCUCCACAAACACUACAAAGGGUUGGGUGAUUUGUUGAGGAAGGACUGGCAGGGUAAGGGCUUUGAUGCAGUGUUGGAGCAGCUCAUUAAUCAUCUACAGUCAGAAGUUCCAGAAAGAAGCAUUAAGGUUCAGCGCUCAUCUGAGGAGAAAAUUCGAGCAGCAUGUGUGAUCCAGGCAGCCUGGAGAGCCCAUCAGACCAGAAACAGAAUGAGGAAACUUCCCAAAGCCGUCAGUGCGCUACAGCGGAGCUUCAGAGAGAGAAGAAGACGUCAGCAAGAGGAGACCGACAAACGUCGUGCAGAGGAGGAGUUACGCCAUCAAGUGCUUCUGCGCAGACAGCGGGCCACUCGCCAGUUCCGCCAACGCCAGCUCCACCUGAUGGAGAUCCUGCCUGCUGACCAGGUGGCACGAUACCUGGGUGAGUUGGAGAACAGAGCGGCUCUGCUGAUCCAGAGAGUAUGGAGAGGACACCGAGAGAGACAGUGCUUUCAGAAAACUAAAUACCAGCUCAGACAGCACAAAGCUGCAGUGACCCUGCAGAGAGCUAUUUUGAGGUUCCUAAAGCGACGAAGAUCUCAGAGGAUGAUUCUGUCACCGUGGAAAGGCCCCAAAGGCCUGACUGAUAACAGGAGAGCAGAACUCAGGAGACAGAUAGAGGAGCACAUCUCCCUCCAUUCUUCCUCGGUGGUGUCAGUAGAGGGUAAUCAAGAGCUUCAUGAGAAAGCCCAGAGUAUGCUGCAGCAGCACCUUAUGACCAGAGCUCAUGAUCGGGCCCAGGAGCAGCACAGGCAGGCUCUGCUGGCGCAGAUCAACACAGACAUAGAGCUUCUUCUGAAUGCUCCCUCUCUAAUAGAUGCUGUUGAGGACAAGUCCAGCCCUUUCCUGAGCCGAUCCGCAGCAGUUGCCAUGCGCGCCCGGCAAUCCCACAAUGUAAUGCUACAGAGCAUGCGACUGCCCUGGUGGAGAAAGCUGGGAGAUGAGUUUUCCGAUCCAGAGACGCUGCCUCGUGAAGACCUUGAUACAGAGUUUGACUCUUUGUAUCUAGGUGGGAACUUGUAGCUUCAUAAUGUGAUUCAUGAUAUCAGUUGUGUUUUUGUCAGACAAAGAGUUAUUUUAUUAUUGAUUUUUUUGUACAAGACCUGUCUGGUUUGCGUCAUGCACUGACAUUGAAAGAAUGAGAGUAAUUUUCUAUUGGCUUUGAAUUAGUAGCUUAUAAAUAAAGCUUAUAAAAAUGAAAUCCAUUAUCUGCCAAUAACAGAUUUGUGAAAAUCUGCAAGCUUUUCAAUGAGUAUUCCCAGGGUCAGAUGGUUUGUCUGACUCUAAAAUGGUAGUAAGUGGAAGCUAAUAGCCUGUCCCUAUCUGUCUACUAGCAAAAAUUCUAGUUAUACAAGGUAUAUAAGAUUAUAAAGCAAUUAUUUUUACACAGAUAGAUUAAGAAGAUUUUGUGUCCCUUUUUACCCACUUUUAUAUUGAUGAGACCAGUCACUGAUUUAUAUAAAAGUAUUUUACUGCCCAUGGCCCCUUUUUCUUUGGAAAAGGGGAUCUUUAUUCCUUCAAAGAAAUGAGGCUUUUAGCAAACCUCAAUAAAAAAAACACUAAUUUA